AUUUCAGGGGCUGAAUGAACGACCUGACUCCAGCGCCUCCCCACCCCCUUGAUUAAUUUACCCGUGGGGGGGGGGUGAUCUUGGUGCCACUUGGCACCUACACGCCACCCCGUUCGGAGCACACAUGCCGUGGAGCGCGCGCGCGCACACACGCAAACACACACACACACACACACACACACUGGCGCGCUCUCACUCCACGUCCACGCUGCAAACACACAUUUUGGGGUGUUUUCGAGGCAGGUUCCAUGUAGAGGCGGCGCUUGCUCGCUCCGGGGGAACGUCGCUACGACACUUUCUUCUCCCCCAGUGAGAAGUGUGUGACCAAGAGCGGAGUUGGAACCGGGGGUGGACUGCCUUUGGGGGGUGUUCGCUGCUUUUUUUGUGCAGGGCUUUUUCCUCCCUCUCCCCCUCUUUUUUAAUUUUUUAAAAAUUUUCCUUUUCUAUUUUUGUACAUUUUUUUUCUUCCUGUCUUAUUCCAUACCGGGAUUUCCUUGUCGGAUCAUGAACAAACUGUACAUCGGGAAUCUGAGCCCCUCGGUCACCGUGGAGGACCUGAAGCAGCUCUUCGGGGAUAGGAAGCUGCCCCUGGCCGACCAGGUCCUGCUCAAAUCCGGCUAUGCCUUCGUGGAUUUCCCGGACCAGAACUGGGCCAUCAAAGCCAUCGAGACCCUGUCAGGAAAAGUUGAAUUGCACGGCAAGGUGAUUGAGGUGGACUACUCUGUUCCGAAAAAGCUGAGGAGUCGCAAGAUUCAGAUCCGGAAUAUUCCCCCUCACCUGCAGUGGGAGGUCUUGGACGGCCUGUUAGCGCAGUAUGGCUCCGUAGAAAAUGUGGAACAAGUGAACACUGACACAGAGACGGCCGUGGUGAACGUCACCUACGCCACCAAGGAGGAAGCCAAAGUGGCAGUCGAGAAGUUGACGGGGCACCAGUUCGAGGACUACUCCUUCAAGGUGUCUUACAUCCUGGAUGCGGACGCCGCUCAGCAGGCUCCGGCCCCACGCUCGCGACGAGGGGGGCGGGCGCAGCGUGACCUGGACGACUUCCGGCCUGGCCCCUCGGGGGGCCCUGGGGGGUCCUGGCACAAGCAGCACGACUUCCCCCUGCGCAUGCUGGUACCCACGCAGUUUGUGGGUGCCAUCAUUGGCAAGGAGGGGCUCACCAUCAAGAAUGUCACCAAACAGACCCAGUCCAAGGUGGACAUCCACCGGAAGGAGUACGCGGGGGCGACGGAGAAGCCUAUCACCAUCCAUUCGACCCCGGAGGGCUGUUCCUCGGCCUGCCGCAUGAUCAUGGACAUCAUGCAGAAGGAGGCCAACGAGACCAAGGCAGCUGAAGAGAUUCCUCUGAAAAUCUUGGCCCACAACAGCCUCGUGGGACGACUCAUCGGCAAGGAGGGCCGCAACCUUAAGAAGAUCGAACAGGAGACGGGGACCAAGAUUACCAUCUCCUCUUUACAGGACUUAACCAUUUACAACCCGGAGCGGACCAUCACCGUGAAGGGAAGCAUUGAGGCGUGCUGCAAGGCGGAGGUGGAGAUCAUGAAGAAGCUGAGGGAAGCCCAUGAUAAUGACAUUGCUGCUAUAAAUCUACAACCCAACCUGAUUCCUGGGCUCAACCUGAACGCCCUGGGUAUCUUCUCAACAGGCCUGCCGGUGCUCCCUUCUUCAGCUGGAUCCCGUGGUGCUGCCCCUGUCCCCUCCGCAGGGUACAGCGCAUACCUUAGUCACUCGUCACAUCUCAGUGGUCUAUACGGGGUCCCUCCUGCCAGCGCCGUAUCCCACCAGCACUCAGCUCCCGAACAGGAAGUGGUCUACCUCUUCAUUCCAACUCAGGCUGUCGGCGCGCUCAUCGGCAAGAAGGGUCAGCAUAUCAAACAGCUGGCUCGCUUCGCCGGUGCCUCCAUCAAGAUCGCCCCAGCGGAAAGUCCAGAUGUCACUGAAAGAAUGGUCAUAAUUACAGGGACGCCUGAAGCCCAGUUCAAGGCCCAAGGCAGGAUAUUUGGGAAGCUGAAAGAGGAGAACUUCUUCUCAGCAAAGGAGGAAGUUAAACUGGAGACGCAUAUCAAGGUGCCCUCAACCGCGGCCGGACGGGUCAUCGGCAAGGGCGGAAAAACGGUCAACGAGCUGCAAAACCUCACCAGUGCCGAGGUCAUAGUGCCGCGGGACCAAACUCCGGACGAGAACGAUGAGGUCUUUGUAAAAAUAAUCGGGCAUUUCUUUGCUAGCCAGACUGCACAGCGAAAGAUCAGGGAGAUCAUACAGCAGGUCAAACAACAGGAACAGAAGCACCAGCAGGGAGCGCCCACGCCGCACCACUCCAAGUGACCAUCAGGGCGGCGCCAGCGAGCAUCAGCCAAUGAAUGUAGCCCUUCCAACCUGAGAGUGAGAGAGAGACAGAGAGAUGGACGAGCGGAGGUGGAUGGAGGCGGAGGAGGUGGACCAGCAGCACGGGGAACAAAACCAAAGAACUUCACUGGGGGAAAUGUGUGAUCCAAAGCACUGCCAGCAAAGAGGGGAGUGGAUACUAUCAACAAAAAUGUCAAAACUGAAUACUGCAUUUCAGAAACAAAAUAGGAAAGACUUUUUUUUUUUUUUUUUAGAAAAAUGGCAGAGUAAAGGGCAUCUGCAGUCUUUCCAGUCAAAUUAAAAACACGGUGUUGCCCUGAAUAACGCUAUCCCUUUAGUUGGACUAACAUAGGCCUAAUGGAACACAAAAUGGGUAUUGAGGAAUGUGUACACUGUCGUAUAGUAACAGGUUUUUUUUUUCUGGAAGGGUGGGGCUGAGGUGUGGUUAAGGAGCACAUUUCUACAGAGGGUUUUGGCAUUCAGAUUGCAAAGUGUCGCUAUCCUUAGCAGUAUUAAUAGUAUAUUAGACAUAAUAAUAUAUAAGAAAUGAGGAUAACAGAAGUUAUUUUUCUUCAUAGAUGGGGAUAGGCUUUGUAGACUUGAACUGAGGCGUGAUGAAGUUAGCGAAGGAUGCAGUCAGCUGUUUGCAUUUGAAGUUAACUGUUUGGAGAGGAAAAACUAAAAAAAAACGUGAAAAGCAGACACAUUAAAUAGGGAGUUGUAGCAGAUUGCUCUGAAUAUUUGUAACUCAGCCUGUGUGUGUGCCAACACGAGGGAUCAUGUCCCUAGAAACACUCAAACCAGUGUAACUCUGUCGCUCACUCACUAUCUUGCAUUUCUUUUUGCUUCACGGUUCUUCAGCUGGCUGUUUUAACAUAGUUUUUUCUCUCUCAGCUGAGAAGUAUUGCGCAGUUUUUUUGAAAGCGUUGAAUUUACUUCCACUAAUUCCCUAAGGAUCAUUAGAAUAAAAGAGAUAUAUCUUCAGACGUAAGAUGUUAACGGUCAUAUAUAUUUAUGUAGAUUCCAAAUUGGCUGCCUGCGGAGGAAUGAGAAAAAAGGAACAGAAUCACACACACGCACAUAAGUAUGAACUAAAACUGCAGUAAAAUUGACGUCUUAACACGGUGCACUUUUGUUUGUCGAGAAAGCACCCAUAGACUAGUUCGCAGGACGUGCACCACAUUUUCUGCCUUACACUGAGGUAAGAGGGCAACACAGGAUGCGAGCUGAGGGCCAGGUUGGGGGCAUAGCGCCGUACUGUGGCAGUGGGCUAUGUGGGG